AGCUGCUCCGCUGGGACGAGCCACUCCGACCCCCGCCUCCACCGCCACCCCCGCCUCCACCGCCACCCCCGUCUCCACCGCCACCUCCCCCACCAGGACCGUCGCUCCCACCGCUCCCACCGCCUCCUCCGCUACCACCUCCGCCGCCACCUCCGCCGCCACCGCCGCCACCAGUACCUCCACUCCCGCCACCACCCCCACCGCCACCCCCACUCCCCCCGCCACCCCCACCGCCUCCUCCACCGCCCCCUCUAGCUCCACCCGCUCCCUUGCCCCCCUUGCCCUUGCCAGAGCGGCCCGCUAG